CGGCGUUCUGAUUGGCGCAUUCGACCGGGUUGCCUGGGUUCAAAUUUUCAACCGUACCGCUUGAGUUCCGCGGCGUAUUUGCGGCCUUGGGUUGUCAGAACCGAACCGAGACGAGGCGAGGCGAGGCGGGGUCCUAAUGAGAAGUAUUUCAAACGUCAAGAUUUAAGAAGAGUCUUGACCAGUUUUGAGUUCAGGCUCUAGGAAGUGGACCAGAUAGACUGAUUAAACAGCAGGUGACCUGAGAAGAGUGACCUCGACUAGGAAAAGUCCAUUCUUCUGCUAAGAGUGGGCAAUGUCACAAGUUACAACUCCUUACUCCUUUGACGCCCCCACUGACUUCAUCAACUUUUCAUCUUGGGAUGCUGAGGAAGAUACUGAAAAUGUAGAUGCAUGGUUUGACUGCCCUCGAGCUCUCCAUCCUCUUGCCUCACCUGCAGAGGUUGACCUGGAACUCAACUUCGUAGCCCCAGGCUGGCCUCCAACUCAAGAUCCUAAUCCUCCGUUCUCGGCCGAGAUUAAAGAGGAGAAGGCCAAUUUGGAGAAUAAGUUUCCUGGAAAGAAUGGGAUAGGAGAGCUUUUUCAGGGCAAAUCUUCCUUGAGAAAAGCUAAACCCCAGCAAGGCAGCGCCACACCUUUGAAAGCAGUUGACAACACUUAUAAAGAGACAGAAAAAGAAAAUCUUAAGGAGGAUUCCAUUUCAUCAGAUGUUUGUUCUUCCCUGGGCACUGAGGGAGGAGUGUCAAAAAACCGUCUUGUAGUUCAGCCUCAGAGAAGGUCUCUUAGACUGUCUGCUCAGAAGACUUUGGAACAGAAAGAAAAACACAAUGUCCAAAUGAUAGCAAAGAGAUGUGCCACUCCUGUAAUCCCCAGUGAAAUUCCACCUUCUAAGAAAAUGAAAGUUUCUUGUAACAGAAAGAAACCAGAGGAAGAGGGGGAAGGCAGUGCACAAGAUACUUCCAAAAAUAAUGAAAGAAAAUUCCCAGAGAAAGCCAAGGGCAGACAUGCUGUUCCUGGUGUACCACCUGCAAGGCAGAAGAUUCUGAAAAGUACUGAGGAGCAAGAGUUGGAGAAGAGAAUGAAAAUGCAGCAAGAGGUAGUGGAGAUGCGCAAAAAGAAUGAAGAAUUCAAGAAACUUGCUCUAGCAGGAGCAGGGCAACCUGUGAAGAAAGUGGCCAGCCAGGUCACCAAAACAGUUGACUUUCACUUCCACACAGAUGAGCGAAUCAAACAACAUCCUAAAAACCAGGAGGAGUAUAAGGAAGUGAACUUCACAUCUGAACUACGAAAGCAUCCUCCUUCUCCUGCCGGAGUGAGUAAGGGGUGCACCAUUAUCAAACCUUUUAACCUGUCCAAAGGGAAGAAAAGAACCUUCGAUGAAACAGCUGCUACAUACGUGCCCCUUGCACAGCAGAUCGAAGCCUUCCACAAGCGAACUCCUACUAGAUAUCAUUUGAGGAACAAGAAGGAUGAUAUUAGCCUAUUACCAUCCAAAUCUUCUGCCACCAAGAUCUCCAGAGACCCACAGACUCCAGUGCUUCAGACCAAACAGCGUGCAAGGCCUGUGACCUGCAAGAGUACAGCUGAGCUGGAGGCUGAGGAGCUUGAGAAACUGCAACAAUACAGAUUUAAAGCUCGGGAACUUGACCCCAGAAUCCUUGAGGGUGGGCCUAUCUUGCCCAAGAAACCACCUGUAAAACCACCUACUCAGCCCAUUGGUUUUGAUUUGGAAAUUGAGAAAAGACUCCGGGAGCGAGACUCAAAGAAAUCAGAGGAGGAACACUUUGAAUUUCAUUCCAGACCUUGCCCUACUAAGAUCUUGGAAGAUGUUGUGGGUGUUCCUGAAAAGAAGGUACUUCCAAUCACUGUCCCCAAAUCACCAGCUUUUGCACUGAAGAACAGAAUCCGAAUGCCCACCAGAGAAGAAGAGGAAGAAGAUGAACCAGUAGUCAUAAAAGCUCAGCCUGUGCCACAUUAUGGGGUGCCUUAUAAGCCCCAAAUCCCAGAGGCAAGAAAUGUGGAAAUAUGCCCUUUCUCCUUUGAUUCUCGGGAUAAGGAACGCCAGUUACAGAAGGAGAAGAAGAUAAAAGAAAUGCAGAAAGGGGAGGUACCCAAGUUUAAGGCUCUUCCCUUGCCUCAUUUUGACAACAUUAACCUGCCAGAGAAAAAGGUGAAGAAUGUGACCCAGGCUGAGCCGUUCUGCUUGGAGACAGACAAAAGAGGUGCUCAGAAGGCAGAGAUAUGGAAACAUCAGCUGCAAGAAGAACUAAAGCAGCAGAAAGAAGCAGCUUGCUUCAAGGCUCGUCCAAACACCGUCAUCUUCCAGGAGCCCUUUGUUCCCAAGAAAGAGAAGAGACCAGUUGCCGAGGGCCUUUCUGGUUCUCUAGUUCAGGAACCUUUUCAGCUUGCCACUGAGAAGAGAGCCAAGGAGCGCCAAGAGCUGGAAAGGAGGAUGGCUGAAAUGGAGGCCUGGAAGACCCAGCAUCUGGAGGAAGUCAGGAGACGGGAAGAAGAACAGGAGAAGGAGGAGCUGGCCAAGCUACGCAAAGAGCUGGUACACAAGGCAAAUCCAAUACGCAAAUACCAGGCAGUUGAGGUGAAGUCAAGUGAUCAACCUCUGACUGUGCCAGUGUCUCCUAAUUUCUCCACUCGAUUCCAGUGUUAAAGGCCGCUACCCAACUGUGAGCUACAUCUACUGCUUGGCAACGGACUCUGCUCUGCAUCGUACUGGUGGGGAGUGAACCCAUCUCUCCAGACCUACCCACCCAGCCUGACAGCACACCUGACAACUGUGGAUGUCAAUUUUGCUGAAAAUUGUUCUCAUCCAUUUCUUGAGGCUAAUGAGACUCAACUCUUCUAGGCCUCAAUCAGACUUCUUGUAGUUACUUCCUUUAAACAGCAGUUGACCCUUUAAUUCUGGUCUUAACUCUGACUAGAAUUUCAGGUCUUUGUGUCAGAUAGUAUAAUUUCUUUUUUUCCCUUAUCCCUUUUUUAUAUAUGUAUUUUAAUCAGAAAAUAAAGAUAGUUAAAUCCCAA